AUGGCGACUCCGCUUUCUGGUACAGCGAUUAUCACUGGGGGAAAUGGGUCGCUUGGAUCUUCAAUAGCCAUCGCCAUUGCCAAAGCACAGCCUUUUGUGCAUCUGCUACUACUGACACGGGAUAUCCGCUCUGAUAGCGUCAAAGAACUGAGAGACAAGAUCCGGUUGAUCGGACCCCGGUCGAUUGAAGUAGCAAGAGUGGACUUGACAAGUUUCAACUCGGUCGUCAGUUUUACAGAGAACACAGUGGAAAGGGUGCAAAACAAAGAGAUCCCUCCAGUGACGCUGCUGAUUAACUGCGCUGCCGUUGCGUCCUACAUCGCCGAUCAAGUAACACGAGAUGGGUUCGAUCCCGUCUACCAGACCAACUGUAUUGCUCCGUUCCUCUUGACCAUUGGGUUGCUGGAGGCGUUCCGAGCAGGUGAUGGAACACCAAACGGCGGAGUGAGGGUGAUCAAUGUUGGUUGCUCAUCCAUGUCGAAAGGCUCUUUGGAUUAUUUCGACAAACAUGAUUUUGGAAAUCAACAACCGGGGACGCAAUUGUCCUCGAAGGAAGGGAAUGCACGCUUUGGAAGUAGCAAAUUAAUCAUGAGCGCGGCCAUGUACGCCUUGCGUCGGAGUCUGGUACUCAAUGGCAAAAUUCCCUUGAACAUAUUUACCCUGGAUCCCGGUGGAUUGACAGGAGAGAGCCAUUUAUCGGAGAACGCACCUCGGUCGGUUCGAAUGGCACACCAGACGCGGUCUGGACUCCGGCCAUUCCUGCGGGUGUUCUCUAAAAGUGCCAUUAAUAACCCUAGUGUUCCAGCCAAGGUAAUCGCGAAAGUCGCAUUCCAGAGGGAUACUGUGGAGCAAUGGGGAAGGGAGCGAUAUUAUAUCUUGGACAACGACUACCAGGCCGGAUCCGUCAUUCCGGUGCUUCGAGACCCGCCUAAAAUGGAGGCAUUGCUUAAGAAGCUGAUGGGACAAAUUGAGAUCGGUGUCAAGGACGGUUGCAUGUCUGCAAACGGGCACGAGUUGGCCUACCGCCGGAUUCGGGGUUCCUUUGUCUUCGGGACCGAUUUUCAAGCUACUGAUGCGACUGACUUUGGAGAGAUGAACAGGCAUCACGCCUUCACCAACGGCUACGCUGCCUACCCUCGCGGGCAGGGCAGCACAUUUUCCAUUUCUCCCCACCGCUUCCAACCGCGUUCACAACCUGCUCUGCGACGACGAAGGCAACUUAUCCAACGGCUGUUCCUCAUUGGUGGCGUCUCUUUGUUACUCCUCGUCCUCAUCUUCCCUUCUUGGAGAGCCACAAUUCUGCCAGUAGUAUCCCUUGGACUUCUUUCUUCUGCGGAAGACUUGCAAAUACAAACUGUACGAUAUUACGAUCUCUCAGCUGUACAGGGCACCGCAGAUGGAUGGGAGAAAGAAGAGCGUGUGCUCAUGUGCACACCUCUUAGGGAUGCCUCGUCCCACCUGCCGAUGUUCUUUUCGCAUCUCCGAAACCUCACCUACCCUCACCACUUAAUCGACUUAGCUUUUCUGGUCUCGGAUUCAAAGGAUAAUACACUAGAAAUGUUAUCCAGCAUGCUUGGGGAACUUCAGGCCGAGUCUGAUCCGCACAUGCCGUUUGGUGAAAUCUCAGUCAUCCAUAAGGAUUUCGGACAGAAAGUGACACAAGAUGUCGAGAGUAGGCAUGGGUUCGCUGCACAAGCUGGGCGGAGAAAGUUGAUGGCUCAGGCGAGAAAUUGGCUGUUAAGUGCUACGCUUCGACCGACUCACAGCUGGGUCUAUUGGAGAGAUGCCGAUGUAGAAACGGCACCAUUCACCAUUAUAGAAGACCUAAUGAGACAUGAUAAAGAUGUCAUCGUACCAAAUGUCUGGCGGCCACUCCCAGACUGGUUGGGCGGGGAACAGCCCUAUGACUUAAACUCCUGGCAGGAAUCGGAAACUGCACUGGCCCUGGCAGAGACACUGGAUGAGGAUGCGGUUAUUGUUGAAGGAUAUGCUGAGUAUGCGACGUGGCGGCCUCACCUUGCCUACCUUCGAGACCCAUACGGUGAUCCUGAUAUGGAGAUGGAGCUCGAUGGCGUUGGUGGUGUUAGUAUCCUUGCAAAGGCAAAGGUGUUCCGUGCUGGAGUUCAUUUCCCAGCAUUCAGCUUCGAAAAGCAUGCUGAGACUGAGGCAUUCGGCAAGAUGGCCAAACGCAUGGGAUUCUCCGUUGUCGGUCUCCCACAUUAUACUAUCUGGCAUCUUUACGAACCUAGUGUCGAUGAUCUUCGGCACAUGGAGGAAAUGGAACAAGAGCGCAAAGCUCGCGAAAAGGAAGAAAAGGAACAAGCUGAGCGGUCAGAGCGUGUCAAUACCCUGUUCCGGGAUACUAAAGCAGAGUCGGAAAUCGAUAACGCUUUUGUUCGCGACGAUAUGGAAACCGAGAGAAAAGACCAGAAAGCCUCGGACGAUUCGAAGAAGCUGGAAGCUGAAAGUGCUGAGGAAGCGAAAACAGACAAAUCCUCGAAAGCCCCAGAACGGGAAGAACAGAAAGCUCCAGAAACUCCGAAGAACAAAAAUUUGAAAGAUGCCGAAGAGGUGUCUGCAGUAAAACCGGCUAAGGAACAGGCCGGUGCUGCGCAUGAUGAGCAAUUAAAGCAGGGAGAGUAGCGAUGCUCAUUAUCACAGUUCUUCAUGUAUUCGGUAGCGAAAGGCAUCGGUUCAAAAUCUGUGAAAAACGGAGAACAUUGCUGCCUAUUGCGCCUCACCAGUCUCUGUGCUGGUCACAGUGUGGCUUUCUCAUUCUCUUUAGAAUAUGCCGUCAAUUACUGGCAGCUUUUUGUAUAUGGGCUCGUGGAGUGUUUGAGGCUUGAUUUAUGCAUCUGAUGUUUGGUUGAUCUGUAGGUCUGAUAUUGGGAAGCACUUGGUUUAUUUUUCGCUGUCUUGACGAUGUAUUGGUAUGAACGACUUGCCUCAUGGGCAAAACGUAUGACUCGACUAUCAGUAAAUUACAUGCCUAAGCAAUUCUAUUCUCAAACGGUCUUGAACGA